AUGAAUCUUGGCCAAGGCUGGAAGACAGUCCUCACGCUCUUUGCAUCAUCUCUGACAUUCUACGUGCAGACCUGGGAUGAGUAUCAUACCCAUACACUGACUCUUGGUGUUAUCUCUGGGCCAGUCGAGGGUAUCAUAACCUUGUGCAUAGUGUAUGCCUCAACUGCCUACCUUGGUGGAGGUAGCUUCUGGCAACGCUCCAUGAUCCAAAGUCUCGGAGUGAAAGAGCAAGGAUUCAUUCCAGAAGUGCUGUACAAUUUGGCAUGGAACGAAUGGUAUAUGGUCUAUGGAGGAGUUGUGCUCGUGUUUAACACUGUUUCGAGCGCGCAAAAUGUAAUGAAGGCGCGUCGUGCCCGUGGUCAAAAGGCGCGAGUCGCUCUCCUGGGUCUUCUUACCUUCGGGGCGGCUUGGGUCCUCAUCACGGCGUACUUGUACCUGCAACCUAUGAUCUUGCAUCACCAUCUGGUUCCGUUCAUCUUCUACGCUGGUCUCAUCAACGCGUACUCGGUGGGUCGCAUGAUCAUCUCUCACCUUACAAAAUCCCGAUUUCCUCGAGGCAACGUACUGAUGUACCCUCUCAUCUACGGAGUGAUCGAUUCGCUCGGGCCAUGGCUACAGGAGCACAUUGGUGUCGGCUGGCCAAGUGCCUUGGGCAACGAUGUUUAUCAGGUUGCCUUUGUGUUCAUGUGUCUAGGUCUUGCUGUCGGUGUGCAUGGAAGCUUCAUCGUGGAUGUUAUUUGGACGAUCUGCGAUUAUUUAGACAUCUGGUGUCUCACGAUCAAGUACCCCUACCAGCCAGUAGAAGAAAACAUCGAACGGAAGGGACAAUGA